CGCCAGCCGAGCGAAGCAGCUAAAGCAAUGCGCGUUUUCAGUGGAAGCAUGCGGUCACUGUUCUGUUUCCUCUUAGUGAUACUUUCAGCAUUAUUCCUAGAAGUGCCUCUCGCUUCAGGCAAAGCGAAACACCAACUGAAACACGAUGUCACGGAUUCAUUUAAGAUGUUUGAGGCCUUCCCUUACACCAUUGCCGCGUUUGACGUGGAUAACGAUGGAGACCUGGACUGUGCGAUGAUGGUGCGGCUUGAUCUUGAUCAGGACAGGAAGACUACUAGCUAUAUGAUGCUGCUGCCGUCUGUGAACGGACACCCAGCAGAGAACCACACCUACUAUGCAAAGGAAGGAUUAACACCUGACAUGCUUUUCUUCACGAAGGAUGACGGUGCCGAUGGUGAGCAAACAGUGAAUUUCAUAUAUACCAACUACAAGAAUUGCAUCGUAGUGGACUUCCCGUUCAACAUGAGACAAAGCUGCGGUCUAUGGGUCACCAAAGAUGCAUUGAUCAGUCUGCCGCAGGAAUGCUUUGACCAGUUUGAGGACAACUGCGACACGGCGGUAGCGGUUUUCGAUGAGGAAACGUGCAACGGCGUGUUGGAGAACAUCUAACGAACUUCUCACGCAUGUGCAUUUUCUGGAGCGUUUGGUCAUUUGUAAUGAAUAAUA